AUGUCUACCAGCACCACUUCUACGAGUCCUACCGACGUUGGACAAGCUCUGAUCAAUGUAUUGAAUAGGCCAACAGGCAGUUUGACUAGAUCAAUGCUGUUAAUUGAAGACGAUGGAAGCUUUUCAAGCCAAAAGCGCCCUCGAUUUAUUCUCCAAAGUUAUGGCUAUCUCGAUCUGAGGGUCUCCCUUGUCGCUGGCAUGACCUUUCCCGCGGACAAGUCGUCCUUCGAGACUCUAUACCCCAAAGCGUCUUUGCCAUCAUUUAACAGCUUUGAUCCUCUUCUAUACCAGGACACAGAAACUGCCAUAGUGGACUUUUGGAACUCGUGUAACGAAUUCUCUUCUUACGCACUGCCGAGCUUCUGGACUGUUUUCGACGAAACGCAAAGUCUUUGCCAAUAUCUCAUCGGACAGCUCACUGGAGCCGGAGCAGCUAGUCUGCAGAGUAUGAUAAGUACGUUAACCAGCCAGACAUACUCUCAGCCUGGUUCGGAGAACGGCCCUCAGUUCAAAAGUCUCGCUCAGAGCGUCAGUGAAAUGCUUCUGAAUCUGAGUCAGCAGGCGAACCAGAAAGCCACCAGCAUUCAGGGCUUGGCGGCCAGCAUAGCUUCACAAGCAAGCAAGGUUCAGGCUAUGAAACAAGAGAUUGACAGCGUUGUGAAGAAAUUCGGGUUGAAUGAUGGUGACAAUUACAUCGUUACACUUGAUGCGACGUUUGAUAUGAAUCAAAUCGAUCUAAACAAUAGCGUUAAGGAAGCUCAGGUUACCAUUGCAAACUGGGCAACUGUACAGGAACGUGAUCUGAUGCAAGCAAACGGUGCUGUUUCUUAUAUGUGGAUACCUGUUACUGGCUGGCUAUCUUCUUCAAACCCCAUUCUGUCAAUGCAGACUCGUUUUAGAAUGGCAUGGGCCAAAUACCGAGCACACAUUGCAAAGAAGAGCACCGAUACCAACAAGACAGCCUAUGCUCUUGCUGGUGCAGUAAAUCUCCUAUCCAUGCAGAAUGGAGUCUUGUGCGAUAGACUGCGGAGCGUUGGCGUGGCAUUACACGAGAUACAGUCUACCUUUGCGGCACUAGGCAGUAACUUGGGACAAGCUGCAACUUUGAUGGCUGCUGCUGAUGGAACUGUUCGAACAUCUCUGAUUGCGAAUCAACAAGGGAUUCAGGCGGGGAUCACCAACGCUGUGAAGGAGUUCCAGGAUACUUUGUCUGCGGUUCAGUCACUCGUCGCGGUUGACUCGAAUAUUCAGACGACUGGAAUCACUGCGGACAUAAGCGCACCCAGCGUCUAUUCAGAAGAUACUGCAGAUGGAAAUGUAUAUGGUCGGAAUGUUCAAGAUAGUUAA